AUGGCGGUGGACCCCACAUGCCCGAAAGUCAAAAACCUUUUGCUGCUGGACGCGGAGGGCAAGCGGAUAGCAGUCAAGUACUUCUCGCCCGAAUGGACGACCGUAAACAACCAAGCCAACUAUGAGAAGUCCGUUUGGAACAAGACGAGCCGAACAAAUGCGCGGGGAGAGGCGGAGAUCGUGAUGUUUGACGAUGUGCUGGUGGUGUACAAGUGCCUGAAUGACCUGAUGUUCUACGUGACCGGGGGGCAGGACGAGAACGAGCUCAUCCUGUACAGCGUCCUGCAGGCUUUUUACGAGUCGGUCUCGAUCCUGCUGCGGCAGCAGGUCGACAAGAAGACUGUGCUGGAGAACCUGGACCUGGUGCUGCUGGCAGUGGAUGAGAUCGUGGACAGGGGGUUGAUACUGGAAACAGAGCCGCAGGUGGUGGCGUCGCGCGUCAGCAUGCGCGGCGCUGACGGGGACACGCCGGCUGUGGAGCAGACAUUCUCCCAGGCAUUUGCCAGCGCAAGGGAGCAGAUCGCGCGGUCACUGCUCAAGUGA